AUGGCGCCGACUCCAGUCCACUUCUUUUCACAUGGAUCCACGAUGAUGCUCGGCGAGGAGUCCUCGUCGGCUAAGUAUUGGAAACAAUGCGGUGACGAGGCACUUGAGCAUGGAAUUAAGGGCAUCGUUAUCAUGGGUGCUCACUGGGAUUGCUUCGGAGACCAAAUCCAGAUCUCGACCAGCCCGAACCCCGGUAAAAGCCCAGUCGCCUACGUUCAUCCCUCUAAAUAUCUUGAUUACAAGCUCAACACGGAUCUCGAGACAGCCAAGCGAUGCAUCAACUUGCUGGCAGAUGCCGGGUUUAAUGUGAGCGGCAAUGAUACAUUUGAAUGGAUCCACGACGUGUAUCUCAUCCUCAUCCGCAUGUUCCCAAAGGCAUGUCCGCCCACGACACUCAUCUCUUUGAACGCGCGCUACGAUCCCCACUACCACAUGAAAGUUGGCUCGACGGUCCGCCAGCUACGAAACGAAGGUUACCUUUUGAUCGGUACCGGAGGUGCAGUUCAUAACCUGUACAGGAACAGAUGGGGCCCUAUGCUUCGAUUCCGGGACAAUUUUGCUCAGGAAACCGCUCCGGAGCACUGGGCUUUGGAAUUCAGACAGGCGGUGGAAGAUGUCAUCACCACCACCUCCGGGCCACAGCUCAGACGGGCUAUGACACGACUCAUGAAGCACCCUGAGUACCGCGACGCACAUGCAACUGAUGAUCAUUUCAUGUCGGCUAUGUUUGUUGCGGGUGCGGCUGGGGACUUUGAGGACGAAGGAUCGAUCGGCUUUCUUGGAGCCGAGACUUGGGAGUUAACCAACAUGUGCAAUUCUCAGUUCACUAUUGGACGCUGGUAG